AGUAUUAAAAUUUUCAUUACAUGUGAAGCAAUUUUGUGUUAAAAUCUAAAUUCUCGUAAAUAUUAAAAUUUCAAGAUAUGUCCACUAAGGAAGAUACUGUACGUAAUGCACAUUCAAGGCGCAGAAAUCUUCUAUAUUUAAUACACUGCUACCUGGUGGAUCAUGGAUAUUGUAAUUCAGCUAAACUUUUAAGGAGUGAAGCUCGUCUAAGCGAUGACCAGGAACUGUGUGAUAAUAUAGACUUGGAUUCUAUUUACUUGGAGUAUUCUAGCUUUCAUCACUUGAAGUUUGGAAAAUACCCAAAGGUGUUGCGCAAAACAAAGCCGACUAUAAAAAUAGAUUCUCAUCAAAUGAAGAAGUGUUCGAAGAUUAUACGACCAAUUCAAAGUCCACCUCCUAAGUCACCAUCAGCCGAGCCAGUUAAUAAUCUACAAAUUGUAGUAAAACACUUGGAUACAGGAGGGGAAAAGGGAGAAGAAUUUGAGGGUGUUGGAAAUGCAGCUACACUUAAGGAAAUCGAAGCAGGUGUAGGUACUAUAAAGAACGAGUUGCUCGGGAAUCCUGACUGGCAAGUAUUGGUGGAGUUAGUGAAGACCACAAUUUUGACAGAGGAUUUAAAAUUGUCUUGGAAUGACAUGUGUGGUAAUUCAGAUGCAAUAACCACGUUAAAAGAAGCAGUAGAAACGCCUAUUAAAUAUCCAGAAUUAUUUGUUGAUGGCAUGAAACCAUGGAAGUCUGCGUUGCUAUAUGGCCCACCUGGUAGUGGGAAAACAUUUUUAGCAAAGAUUUUAUAUUCCGAAACGAGACAGGAUGUAACCUUCUUUAAUGUGUCCUCCAGUGUGCUUAUAUCGAAAUGGCGCGGAGAAUCUGAAAAAAUACUAAAAGUACUUUUUUAUGUGGCGCGUACACACGCACCUUCUAUUUUAUUCUUUGACGAAAUUGAGGGUAUAACUUCGAAACGGGAUCGUCCUGGCGAUCAUGAGUCAACAAAACGUUUCAAAAACGAAUUGCUGCAAUUACUUGAUGGCAUUGAACAGUAUCGGGAGGGGACAUUUAUAUUGGCAAGCACAAAUCUACCGUGGGAUAUAGAUGAAGCAUUUCUGAGACGAUUUGAGAAGAAACUUUUAGUACAAUUGCCAAAUCCUGAAGAACGCUCAACACUAAUCAAUAAGUUUUUACCGGGAACGUUAAAAAUAUCAGAAUUUGAAUUAGAAUCUUUGGUGAAUCUUACGGAACAUUUCACAGGAGAUGAAUUACGCUUGGCAUGCAAGGAAGUUGCCAUGCAGAAUUUACGGCAGAUGACAGCACCUAAUGAAUUCGAAAAGGUGCCACUGGAAAAUGCGUUUAAAAAAAUUAAACCUCUCAGCUUAAGAACUAUGGGUAAACAUUUGCAUUGGCAGCAACAUAAUGGGACAUAGUUUUAUUUAUUUUUUAUUUAAAUAUUGUUUGCAAGCUUUUAGAGCUGA